ACCCGAGCAGAGAGUCUCAGUGAGGCAGGUGUCGCAGGCAAGACCAGUUGUUUUCUUUUCUUUCGCCGUUUGAGUUGCCUUCUUUUGGACCAAUUUGGCGGCGCCGACGCUCGCCAGACGCCCCCGAACGGUGGCCGGACGAUGAGGAGAUCGCUCAGGACAAUCCGCUGAAAAAACAACGAGCAACAUGGCAGACGAGGACACCUCGGUUCGCGUCGCAGUCAGAAUACGACCGCAGAUCGCUCGAGAGCUGAUCGACAACCUUGGUGUGUGCACAAGUGUUACUCCCGGAGAGCCGCAGGUGCAGCUGGGAAAAGGCAACCUUUUCACCUAUGACCACGUUUUUGACACAGAGGAGGUCCAACAGGUCAUCUACGAGGCAUGUGUUGCCCAGCUAGUCGAGGGCGCCCUCGAGGGCUACAACGCCACAGUCCUCGCAUAUGGACAGACAGGAUCAGGCAAGACCUACACUAUGGGCACAGGCUACGAACUGACUUGCGGCAUCGAACACGUGGGCAUGCUCCCCAGGGCAAUCAGACACAUCUUUAGUGGAAUUGAGUCUCGGCAGGAGCAGGCUAGAGAAGCCGGUUUGCCUGUUCCGGAGUUUAGAGUUGAGGCUCAGUUCAUUGAACUGUACAACGAAAACCUCUAUGACCUGCUGGAGCCCGACAGGUCUAUACAAGAGCCUAAAAACAUCAGAGUUCACGGUGACCACUACGGAGGUAUUUCGGUCGAGGGUGUCACGCGGGCUUCUGUCAAGGUGGAGGAGGAAGCCAUGAGCUGCCUCAGGAAUGGUGCUCUUAGCAGGUCUACUGGCGAGACCCAGAUGAAUCAACAGUCUUCCAGAUCGCACGCAAUUUACACCUUGCACAUUCAGCAGCGCCGUUUGGCUCCAGAGGAAUCUGAAGACAAAGAGAAUGGAGUCACCGGCGACUUUGAGACUCUCACCUCAAAGUUUCACUUCGUGGACCUGGCAGGUUCUGAGAGGCUGCAUCGAACCGGCGCCACUGGUGAAAGGGCCAAGGAAGGCAUUUCUAUCAACUGCGGACUUCUGGCCCUUGGAAAUGUGAUUUCAGCUUUGGGGGACAAAAGCAAGAGAGCCAUGCAUGUCCCCUACAGAGACUCCAAACUGACCAGGCUGUUGCAGGAUUCGUUGGGUGGAAAUUCUAGAACUGUUAUGAUCGCCUGCAUUUCACCUUCAACGCAAGAUUUUAUGGAAACGCUGAGCACCCUCAAGUAUGCAAACAGAGCCCGCAACAUCAAGAAUAGAGUCACCAUCAACCAAGACAAAUAUUCGCAGCAACUGCACCAGCUCAGGCAAGAGGUGCAGAGGUUACAACUGGAGCUCUUAGAGUACAAGCAGGGCAAAAGGAUGAUUGGUUCCGACGGAGAGGAGUCGGUGAAUGACAUGUUCCAUGAGAACAAAAUGCUGCUGGCAGAGAACAACAACUUCAGAUUGAGACUCAAGGCCCAGCAAGAGACUAUAGACACCCUUACAGCAAGGAACACUGACAUUAAGACGAAGUUGGCUACGAGUUCUUGGGUUAGCAGUGGCGGGGAUGCUGAGACAAGCAAUCAGAUUCAUGAAAUGCUGCACAAAUACGUCCAGGAGGUUGAAGACCUCACCUCGAAGCUUAUGGAAUCUGAGGCUUUGUGCCAGCAGCUGAGAGCAAACAAUGCCAAAAUGCAGCCAAGAGCUGCUUUGAGUCCUCGUCCAAGCACUGCUGGCUUAGAUUUUGAAAGCCCGUCCGUCAUGAACCUGAUUGAGGCAGCUAAAAAAGGAUUGCAGAGAGAACAAGACAUGCUGCAGAGGUCAAAGAGUGAGAUUUUGAACUCAAAGAUAGAGCGAGAUUCUGAAUCUUCGGAGGACGAUGACUCUGACCUGGACUCGGAUUCAGACAGUGAGGAAGAAAAAGAGCAUCAGCAGGAGGAGCAGCGAAUGGGUGAACUGGUCUGCCUGGAAUCUGAAAUAAACAUCAAGCAGCAGCUUAUUGAGCAGCUAGAGUUGUCCCAGAGGCGAAUGCACUCGAUGAAGCAACAGUACGAGGAGAAACUGAGGCAGCUAGAAGCGAGAAUGGAGGCAACUAAAAUCGAGAGGGACAAGGUGCUGGCAAGUUUGUCUGGCAAAAACGCUCCACAGGACGGCACCACUGGUGAACGCAUCAAGAGAGUCAAAGAGGACUAUGAGAGGAAGUUGGCCAACAUGCAAAAGGAGCUCAAGACUCUGCACACUGCCAAGAAGGAGCACGCCAAAGUCCUCAAAGAACACUCUCGAAACGAAAGCCAGCUCAGGCAGUUGAGGAGUGAAUUGUCGGAAAUGAAGAAGACAAAGGUUCGCUUGGUGAACAAGAUGAGGGAGGAAAGCCAAAGACACAAGGUCGAGCAGGAGAGGCGAAACAGGGAACUGGCGCAGCUGAGGAAGGCAAAUCGCAAGCACGAGAACCAGAUCCGAUCUUUGGAGGCUGAGAAGCGUGCCAAGGACGUGGUGCUCAAAAGGAGGCAGGAGGAGGUCAACGCCCUGAGGAGGACCCAGUUCUCAGGGAUGUCUUCGAAGGCGGCUGGCAAAAUUGGCGGCAGAAAGGGUGGGUCACCCCCGCCCCUAAUUCUCUCUUUCCCCCCAACCUCGUCUAAGCCCCCGGUCGGGCGCACUGAGGGCUAUCGUGGUGUUGCAGCCCUUCAAAGAAAGGCGAGCACCUUCUCGCCCAAGGUCGCCAGGCAGAGGUGGUCCACGCUUGAGAAGAACAUCACUCAGAUUACCAUCACCAAGAAAACUAUUGCUGAUUUGGAACACCAAUUAGAAAGUCAUCUGGAAUCUAGAAGGCAACAUGGUCAAGAUUAUGCUGAGACGAGGAGGAGGUUGGCCGAGGCACGGGCCAGAGGUGAACACGAGGACAUCAUUGCUGGGCUGCAAGAGAGGCUGAAAGAAAUCCAGGCUGGAGUGGAAUUCACUCAGGAGAUUAUUGAAGAGACUCAGCAGAGCAUCAUGCAAUUGGAAGACACAAGAGACGGAUCGGAGCCAGGAGAUUUUGAGGCAGUCAUUAAUGAGGUCGAUGAGUUGGGAGAGGCCAAGUACCUUCUUUCAAAGCUCUACCUUAUGACGGUCAACCAGAGUGUGGCUGUUUCUCAACAAGAGCAGGCAAACCGAAAUCUAGAAACAAGACUUAAGCAGCUCGAGCAAAAGAAUGCUCUUCAAGAAGAACUCCUCCAGCACGUUGUGCAGCAGCAAGGUCUGACCAGAACCAUUAGCUCUUCCACUGUGGUACUCUCAGACGAGCCACAUCCAGGUUGUGUUAUGUUGAGUGACAGUUCCGACGAGUCCAGAGCUCCAUCACCCAAUCCCAGUUUGCUUAGUGUUGCCAGCAGCACCAAAUCCAAGGCCCGCAAGAGGACAGCUGACCCCCAGCAGAUGCUCUACAUGAGGGAAUCGUUUGUCAGCUCCCCGUUCAACACGGAAAAGGAGAAUCCAGUUCAGCUCAUGCCUCCACCCGCUAGGACAACCAGUGCUUCUCUAAGGCUCAAUAACCCGUCGCAGACAAGUCCCAUGGUUACUCGCAAGCAGUACGACACGUCCUCCUUGGCCAGCCCCAGGAUGGCCCGUCGCAACACGUACACAGUCAAAUCUAGUCUGGGGCAGUCCGCCCAUCUGGGCUCCAUGGAGCAGGGUAUUGACGCUACCCCUCCGAGCUCACCACCCACCUUCAGACGCACUGUCUCGAGAGAAGAGAAAAAUGUCUUCUCUCGUCUCACUUCCACCGCUGGGGUCACAAGAGACGAGAAGCCUGGACACGGCGUCAUUAGCCAAUUCGGUGGACGAGUUGCCCACAAGUCACCUUUAAUUUGCACACAUGUUGCCGAAGGGCAUUCGAAGGCUGUUUUAUCUGUUGAUGCUACAGAAGAUCUCCUAUUUUCAUCUUCCAAAGAUCGCACAGUUAAAGUUUGGGAUUUGAACCAGGGCCGCGAGCGAGAUUCGUUAAGCGGCCACCCAAACAACGUCGUCUCCGUCAAGUUCUGCGAACGCACCGGCCUUGUUUUCUCCGUGUCGCACUGCUUCGUCAAAGUGUGGGACCUGAGGCAAAACCCUGCCAGGCCCAUUCACACCCUAUGCUCUUCGGGCAACACAGCUAACGGCUCGUUUGCCAUGCCCGACCCUCUGGACAACCCUGGUGGCUCCCCAAUCAAUGACAUUGCCCUCAGCGAGCAUGGCGAAGUUCUCUACAUGGCUGCUGGAGGCAAAGUUCGUGUCUGGGACCUGCGAAGGUUCGAGAAAGCUGGGCAGUUGAUGGGUGGCCAUCAAGCUGCCGUGAUGUGUCUGGCUGUAGGCGCGCUUUCCCAGGUCGAGGACCGUGUCAUCACUGGCAGCAAGGACCACUACAUCAAGGUGUUUGAUGUGCCCAGAUGCAUGGAGGGCUACCUCACGCAGCCCACCAUCAACCUUGACCCUCCCCAUUACGAUGGUGUGCAGUCCCUAGCUCUGUCCAGGGACACGCUGUUCUCCGGCUCCAGGGACUUUUCCAUUAAGAAAUGGGACCUAGGCCGUAAAGAGUGCCUACAGUCAAUCAACGGUGCUCACAAAGACUGGGUGUGCGGCCUGGCACUCCUCCAUGAUGGCCUCCUUGUGUCCGGCUGCAGGGGUGGCGUGCUCAAGCUGUGGGCCACAGAGUCAUGUCUGCCCUUAGGUGAAAUCAAAGCACACAAUUCGCCUAUCAACGCUGUCACCACAAACUCCACUUGCAUCUUCUCAGCCUCAAACUGCGGAGAAAUUCGCAUGUGGAAGGCUCCCCUGCAUUCGGCCAUGACCAUGUCCACCGGUCACCUCUUCGCCCUUUCUCUGUAGACAAGAUACGCCUUGUAGGACUGAUUCAACUUGCGCAUUUAAUUACUAAAAAAAAUUAUAUCUUAACAGAAACCCUCGAAAAAAAAAUCAUAAUCUCUUCGAUUAGUGAUGCAGAUUUUGUGAUAUUGCUUCAGAGCUAAAAACCAAUAAUGAAAAGAGUCACCCUCUGUGAUCCCUUUCAAUCCUUUACAUUGUAGAAUUUAUAUCCCUAUCUGUAACUGAAAAAAAAAGAUCAACUCCCCAUAGUUUGCGACCUUGUAAUCAACCUAAUUGGCUGAUCUGCUGCUGACCUUGAAUCGAAGACUAAUAUUUAAAAUUGGGCUAAAAAAUAGCUUCGCUUAAAACUCUCAAGAAAACGUUCAGCUGCAAACCAAUAUUUGGGAGAGUGGCUGAAAAAAUGCUAUACCAUUUUCAUGUGUUGAUGUGUAUCAAGUGACUCGUUAAAUUAUAUAAUCUCUCUUCCUCUCAAUGUAAUCAUUUGCAUAUCUAUUGGUGCACCUGGGCUGAAGAAAAAGUGAAAAGCACACAAAAUAUUUUUGAACUUGAAAUGCUACCACGUUAAUUGAUUCUUCACCCAAGAAGUUUCAGCCCAGGACAGUUUGAAUGUAUUUUAAUAGUAUAUUUGUAAUAAUGCUUGAUUUGAAUGUGUAAAGUAAGACAGUUCUCUCAGGAGAACUCAUUUUAGAGCACAAUAAAAACGAUAAGAAAAUAUUUAAUCCAGAGAAAAAAUAUUUCUCUUUAAAAAAAAGCUCCAAAAAUACACAGUAUCAGGUAAUUUGAUAUUACAUUUUUAGCGUUCAUUUAUUUAUUUUGUUUUUCCAUUUAUUUCCUUUGUUUGCAUGUUUCGUUCUUAAAAUUUUUCUUUUAUUUAACAAGAA